AAUAAGGGUUGAGUAUUGGUAGAUUUUCCAUGUACAAGAAAGUGUAAUAGUUAAAGAGUUUCUUUUCCAGAAAAAAGUACAGAGAAAGAGAAAGAGACAGAGAAAAUGAAAAUGAAAAUGAAAAUGGUGCAAGAGGAAACCAGAAAGGGCCCAUGGACAGAACAGGAAGACAUUCUCCUGAUGAACUUUGUGGGCUUAUUUGGAGAUCGACGAUGGGACUUUAUAGCAAAAGUUUCAGGUUUGAAGGUGGCGGGGCACACAUAAUAGGUCUCAACAGAACUGGAAAAAGUUGCAGGUUACGGUGGGUUAACUACCUCCACCCUGGUCUCAAACGGGGCAAAAUGACUCCCCAAGAGGAGCGCCUUGUCCUUGAACUUCAUGCCAAAUGGGGAAAUAGAUGGUCAAGAAUUGCUCGCAAGUUACCUGGGCGAACUGAUAAUGAAAUCAAGAACUACUGGAGGACCCAUAUGCGGAAGAAGGCUCAAGAGAGGAAGCGAGGUGUGUGUUCGCCACCAUCAUCAUCGUUUUCAAAUAUUUCUUCUCCAGCAUCAACUGUUACUACUGUGGACUCUAUGCAGUUCAAAACUGGAAAAGCCAGUUUUUAUGACACUGGAGGCCGUGAUGGUCAAGUGAUGGGUAUGGCCGCAGUUCAUGAAGAGAAUGAAACUGUUGGAUACUCAAUGGAUGACAUAUGGAAAGAUAUAGAGCUUUCAGAAGAAAAUAACUCUUUAAUGAUCAGACCAGUUUGUGAAGAGAAUACUAGCAACUUUUCUUGUGCUUCAAUAAUUGCCUCUCCAUCGUGGGACUAUCCUUGGUACGACUCGCUAUGGAGGAUUGAUGAUUUUGAAGAAGAGAGUAAGAUGAUUAAUAAUCUCCCUAACGAUCAGUUCAUUUCAUCCUCUAACGAAUAUGGAAAGGCAUAUUUAACUGGCUAAUCAAAAUUCAAUUGAUUUAUAUUUAUUCAUAUAUGAAAUAUUAGUAUUCCCACAAGGAAGCUCUAACCAGCUGUAUGCUAUGGCCAUGGGUUUUCUCCAAGCUUUCUGAUGAUAGUUAUCCACUGUAAUAAUCCCAUCUCCAUGCAUGACCCUCCUAGUGUAUCUGCUUUUGUUUUGUGUGUCUUUUGCUUUUUCAGAGAAGAAGAGAGCACCUUAUUGAAUCUUCUGUGAUGUUUGGAGAUUUGGUAUCUUCAUGAAUGUAAUGUAAAAUAUCAUUUUCUAAGUUUUUAUCUACAAAUAAGGCUGCUUCUGUACAGAGAAUUAGAAUUUUUCU